AAGUCGCUUGCAGACCGCUAACAAAAGAAGAAGAAGAAAGUAAAGGAAAAAAUACGAGAAGGAAGCUUUUUGUUUUAUUUUGUUGUCCCGCGACACAAUACACGUUGUUUGGAACUAUGUCGUCUUUACAAACUGCUGAUCCAAAUGGACAUAAAGGGAACAGGCUGGCGUGUUCGCUGCACGGAUGUACACGCGUGUACACAGACGCCACUGCUUUGGAAAGUCAUGUCAGGGACCAUGAAAUCCCAGUGCAGUCUCUAGAGGGUAAAGUGUUCAACUGCUGCACUGCAGGAUGUAGCUGCUCCUUCCCAAAUAUGCAAAAACUGAUGGAACACACCCGACGUCAUCAUAAACCCAACCUGUUCUUCCAGUGUGAGAACUGCCGCACAAAGCUAAAAUCCUACCGUGGCCUCCUGACUCACCUCAACACCUGUUCCAAAGUUCCACGGGGGAAAAUCAAGUCAAUGGAGCCGACAUCCCUUCAACCAGUCGCUUCGACAAACCCAAUCACGACCACUUUAGCGACUAACCCAAACCCACCUCAGCUGGAGGCGAUGUCCACGCCACGCCAACUCACUUCUAACAUCCCUGACAAUUCUCUGUCUGAUACUACUCUUCCGCCUAUCCUCCUUCCUCAAUGCUCGUUGAACCAAGACACUACCAGGGUCCCUAGUGGUCUGGGAGAAGAACCCAGGUGAACCUCUCGUCCACUCAAAGCAAACCCACCUCAGACCACACAAUACUCUAGUAUUCACAUCAUUUGUUCUUGAGAGGCCAUUUCUAAACUGUGUGAACAAAAACAUUAAAUGUGUUUUGAAUAAAAUACCCAAAAGCCA